AUGGCGUCGAACCAGGAGUGCCACAUCUGCCUCGAAGAGCUACGUCGUGACCUGGUAGCUUCUCCUUGUGGCCAUGUAUUUCAUCAUAUCUGUAUACUUCAAGCACUACAGGUCAACUCCCAAUGUCCCAUCUGUCGGCGCCGCACGGGCGACGCCGACCUCGUCACGCUUUAUUUCGAUGUACCGAGCGCUAAUGAAGCCCCGAAUGGCAGUGAGACGCAGGAUUUUCCUCCUGUGCAGGCUUCAGGUGAGAUUAAUACGCUUAGCUCUCGCGUCAAUAUGCUCAUGGAGCGUAUUCAAUGGCAGAACAAGCAGCAGGAGCGGCUUGUUGACGAGCUGCGACGUCUACGCAGUCAAAGCGAGCAGCUAGUAUUGGAUAAACAAGCGCUCGCUCAGCGCUUGGGCUCCUUGCAAGCGACAAAGACCGACUUAUUGAAUAAAGUAGCGAGGUAUCAGAUGGAACUUACACGUCAAACAGAAGCUGCUCGUAGAUCGAGUGUGAAUCAGAGCAUAAUCAACUACUUGGAGACGUGUGACGCAUCUACAAUGGAAGAGGAGAUACAAAACCCACGAGAACUUAUAAUGGCACUGAAAAAGGCGUGUAAGUUUCGUCAUGAUCAGUAUCAAAAGGUGGUAAAGGAGAAAAUGCGACUAAAGGAGAUGUUGACCAACUCGCUGUCUCAACCUUUGCAGCACCAGACAUCAGGGUGUUCACGGAUGCCCAGGACAAAGGCUCGCACAGCAUCGGCGGCGUUUGAAACUAAACGUGCGUAUACGACACAAGCAGCCUAUGAAACUGGAAUUCCGUCACAGGUUUUGGAGAAGAAGCGGAAAAUCGACUCGUCAACCGUGACAUCGAAUCCGAUGCCUUUUUUCGAGCAACAGGGCAACGAAGCCGGUUUAGAAUACAACCCACGUUCGGACUUGGAGAGCUUUUGUGCGAACGCGUACUCGGAUGUGCCGAUUCGUCCUCCUCCGAACCAAAGGCAAACACUCGGACGCAGCAACUUUAACCCGAACCAGUAUGGUGCGUUUGGCGUGAUACCGUCAAGCCAACCACCGGUGCAGAUGACGUCAUCCCAGGCUGAUGUAUGCCGUCGUGGCUACGACGAAACUGGUAAGCUCACCAACUUUUUCCUUCCCAAGGAGGCUGACUUGAGGUCCAUGCCUCGAGAAAAGAUGAUUCCGAGCAUGCAGCAUCUGCUGAACUCACAGUCAAGAAGUCAGCAGCAGCGCGUGACGAGCAACGACCGACAGGAGUACGCACUAACUAACUGGCUGCGCAAUAACUAA